AUGUCUGCCUGCGCUGCAAUGAGAAAAAGGUGGGUGGUGUCUGUACCCGCUGGCAUCUUCUCUCUGCCGUUGAUGUUCGCCGAAGACGAGCUAACUGAUUGCCGAAAACUUGACCAGAUCAAAUGUGAUCUAGACUCGAGGGUUCGGAACCAAGGACCCUGCAAGAAUUGCACGCGUACUGGCAGUGAUUGCAUACUCCGUCGCCAUGAUAACAACGCACGCCGCCGGACGCUGGUCAACAAACAGCCUCCUCGACCUGAAUCGGGCUCCAAUCCGCUUCCUUCGCCACGGUCGCUGGAUCAAGAUCUCAACCUGACCUUUGACUUCUCCGUGCUCCAGGGUGGUCAGGUGCCUACGCCUCUCUACCCACCGGGCCGCCUCUCCGGCACGAAUCAAUCCUACAGGCCGGUUUCCCAGUCCGCCAAUCCGUGCUCUGGCACGACCUUGCAAGCAGGAGCGCGGCAGAAAUCUCUUCCUGAGGAUCCUAUAUCUCCGGCACUAGGGCCCAGCGGAGUACUAUCCAGCAGAGACAGGGUCGUCAGCGCCAACGACCAAUCAGACGAUGAAGCUGACGAUGAAAGGGACGACCAAGCAGACGACCCAGCAGACGACCCAGCAGAUGACCCAGCGGAGAAUACAGCAACCUACGACACGGGUCAUCAACCGGACAGCUGUGGUCAAGCGAGCUAUCUCGGCGAGUCCGGGUAUAUGCCUGUGUUCUCCCAGCUUCGGUCCACCUCCAACGCCCGCCCGAUCGAGCCACUGACCAUCGACAUUCACUACACCAUUUCUCCUCUGAAUCUGACCCUCCAGGUCUCUUAUGCUGAUGCGUUUACAAAAAGCUGCUAUUGCUUCUGCCCCAUUCUGGACAAAGCCACACUGAAGGACCCUAAAUUUAGUGGGUCGCUGUUGCUCCAACAGGCCCUAGCGAUGGUUGGAACCAUUAUCCAACCCUCCCUCCUGCACAUCGAUGACCCGGCAUCGCACUAUGAAAAAGCGAGAAUCCUGCUGCAUCGUGGCGUCGAGCCAAAUCCUCUUGCUACCCUCGUGGCUGUCAUGUUCUUCUACUGGUGGACUACUUGCCCUCCGAAUGUGGUUAGUAUGAAUGGAUCUUGGUGGUGGACGGGUGUUGCCAUCCGUCAAGCACAAGAACUGGGCUUUCAUCGCGAACCCAGGCCUGAUCAGCGCAUGCGCCCCGGUGAGACUGUGGGCCUGCGUCGUCGGAUCUGGUGGACGUUGUUUGAUUGCGACGUCCGCGCACCCUCACCAGACGACUUUCCCGAUCCUUCUGAUCCUCGAGCUAGCAUUUUCAUACAAUGGGUCCGUCUCUGUUCGAUCAUAGGCCGAGUGGGUGAUCAGCUUCGUCGCAGUCCUCAGGCCAAUGGUCAGGCCCACGGCCUCCUGAAUGAACUCAAAGUCUGGGUGAACAGCUUGCCGUCCAAUUUGCAGCUGCCUUUUGCCUCUUACCCAACAGAGGGGUUUAAUCCUGACAUCUCUCAACUACAUCUGCCGUAUCUGUCCAGUCUGACGCUGCUGCACAUGAAGAAGUCAUCGCGUAGUGUGCCUACCGCACAUUCUAUUGCAAUUUUGGCAGCCUCAUGCACGGCUCGCAUAUUCGAGGACCUCCUCACCCGCGGCUCAUUGAAAUUCCUCCAGGGCAUGGCAGGCUGGCACAUCGCCAUUGCCCUUCUUGCUCUGCUCCAUGCGCGCCAGACGAAGAGCCUCGAACUGGUUGCCGUUGCUCAAUUCAAUAUUCUGCGGGUCGCGUUGAAGGAAAUGGCGCGACGUUGGCCAUCAGCCGGAAUGUACGACAAAGGGAUCGACAAACUUCUCGCGGCACAGACCCAGCUCGAACAGUCCGACUUGUCUGCAGACACAGAUCCCAUCACAGCUCUCGACAGAAUCCAGCCACCCCAGGUGGUUGCUAAUCCUUCUGAGACCAUGCAAACUCCAGCAGGGGACCGAGAAGACAUGUCAGCGUAUUUUCCUUUUGCCACACCAGAUACGAGCCCCCUUUUUGAGAUCCUCCUGUCUCAUGCGGAGCUGCCGCGCUUUUUGGGCGCCGACAGCUCCGGUGAUGUGGGAAUGCUCCUGUUUGAUUUGUUCGACGAGCCAUUCGGCGUGGGAAGUUUCGGCCAGGAUAAUUUUCCGUCGGUUUGGGAUCCUAAUCCUCAAGGUCAGAUAUUCUGA